AUGUGUGGAACGGUUGGGUGUCGGGCGAGGGAGGUGUAUGCGGUAUGUUUGGCUUCAGGUGAGCGAAGUGUACUCGUCCGGCGCGUGGCUGGGGCUGCAGCUGCCGGGCGGUGGGCGCAGCGCGGCGCGCGCCGCUUGGGCCGUGCCGCCGCGCGCCUCGCGCGACCUCGUGCGCCUGCGCCUGCGCCCCCCAGCAGCACCACGCGCCCCCCGCACCACCCGCACCCCCACACCCACCAGCACGAGCCGCCGCAGCGCACGCUCACCGCGUACGUCAGGGUGAAGGCGAACAUCCCCGGCGGCGCACUGGUGGUGUGCGUGGAGGCGCGCGGCGCGCCGGCCGGCGAGCAUGCCGCGCCGCUGCAGCUGCGCCUGCGCCCGCGCGGGCAUCUCGAUCCGCCGCUCACGGUGUCGGUGCGCGCGGCCAACAGUGCGCACUCCGCCGUGCGCCUGCAGGGGGCGGUGCGCGGCGCGCGCUGCCGGCCGGUGCCCCCCGCGCUCCAUGUGCCCUACAGUGACGCACCGCGUGACCCCUGCGCCGACCCCGCGCACGCGUACGCACACAACGGCGACGAGGCGCCGCAGCGGCCGGCGGGCGCGCACCUGGCGCUGCUGCGCUCGCAGCUGGAGCCGCUGCAACAUUUUACGGAAGUCGCACAACUAACGCUCAACUACGGCGAGAUGUGGGCUAGCGCAUGGGGCGGGGAGGCUGGGGAGGCGGUUGCGAUGCGGGAGGUGCGGUGCGAGGGCUGCGUGCGGCUGGGCCGCGCCGCGCUGCCCUACUCGCUGCACCUGCUGCCUGGCACGCUGCGCCUCAGCCCCGCGCAGCUGCACUUCGUAACGGCGCGCGAGGGUGAGGGUGAUGGUGAGGCGGGUGAGGAGGAGGAGGGAGUGGUGGGGGCGCAGGGCGCAGUGGAGCUCCGCGCGCACAACGAGUGCCCGCUUCCGCUGCGCGUGCAGCUGAGCGUGCCGCCGCACCUGCAGUUGCACUUUCACGUGACGGAUUUGACGCCGCUGGUGCUGGAACCGGGUGCGAGUGCAGUGGUGGCGCGACUGCAGCUGCAGCAAAGUGCACUGCGGGACAACGUGUCGCUGCACGCGCACGUCACGCUGCACACCAACCUGUCGCACUAUACCGUGCCCGUGUUUGUCUACAGCGGUCGCUUCACGCUGGAGUGGGAGUGGCCGUGGGGUAGUGCGGAGGAGGAAGGCGUGUCGUUGGGCGUGCUGGGCACGUCCGCGUCGCGGCGUGUACUGCUUCGGCUGCGCAACGCAGGCAGCGUGCGUCUCUGUGCGCGCGAGCUGCGUGCGCUGUUGCCCGCCGCCUCCGCGCACCUGGCGCUGCACGCCUGCGCGCAGCACCGUGACCCGCCGCCCGACCACCCCUGCAGGUGCGUGGAGGGUGGCGAGACGGCGGAGGCGUGGCUGACGGUGGUGGCGCCGGCGCGUGGAGGCGACGUGCGCGGUGAGCUGCGCGUGCGCAGCCGGCACGCCGCCACCCGGGUGCCGCUGCGCCUGCGCGCGCUGCCCGGCCGCCUCGCCGCGCACCCGCUGCUGCUGCCCGCCGCCGCGCCCGUACGUACGCACACGCACACACACGGCGAGGUGCGCGUGCGCAGCCGGCACGCCGCCACCCGCGUGCCGCUGCGCCUGCGCGCGCUGCCCGGCCGCCUCGCCGCGCACCCGCUGCUGCUGCCCGCCGCCGCGCCCGUACGUACGAACACACGCACACACACGGCGAGGUGCGCGUGCGCAGCCGGCACGCCGCCACCCGCGUGCCGCUGCGCCUGCGCGCGCUGCCCGGCCGCCUCGCCGCGCACCCGCUGCUGCUGCCCGCCGCCGCGCCCGUACGUACGCACACACGCACACACACGGCGAGGUGCGCGUGCGCAGCCGGCACGCCGCCACCCGCGUGCCGCUGCGCCUGCCGCGCGCGCUGCCCGGCCGCCUCGCCGCGCACCCGCUGCUGCCCGCCGCCCGCCGCCGACGACGAACACACUCGCACACACACGGCGAGGUGCGCGUGCGCAGCCGGCACGCCGCCACCCGCGUGCCGCUGCGCCUGCGCGCGCUGCCCGGCCGCCUUGCCGCGCACCCGCUGCUGCUGCCCGCCGCCGCGCCCGUACGUACGCACACACGCACUCACACGGCGAGGUGCGCGUGCGCAGCCGGCACGCCGCCACCCGCGUGCCGCUGCGCCUGCGCGCGCUGCCCGGCCGCCUCGCCGCGCACCCGCUGCUGCUGCCCGCCGCCGCGCCCGUACGUACGAACACACGCACUCACACGGCGAGGUGCGCGUGCGCAGCCGGCACGCCGCCACCCGCGUGCCGCUGCGCCUGCGCGCGCUGCCCGGCCGCCUCGCCGCGCACCCGCUGCUGCUGCCCGCCGCCGCGCCCGUACGUACGAACACACGCACUCACACGGCGAGGUGCGCGUGCGCAGCCGGCACGCCGCCACCCGCGUGCCGCUGCGCCUGCGCGCGCUGCCCGGCCGCCUCGCCGCGCACCUGCUGCUGCUGCCCGCCGCCGCGCCCGUACGUACGCACACACGCGCUCACACGGCGAGGUGCGCGUGCGCAGCCGCCAUGCUGCCACCCUCGUGCAUUAUUUUAACUGA